UUUAAAAACAGCUGUUAUAUAAAAAGAGAAAGCAAAAAAAAAUAGGAAACAUCAACAAUCUCCCUCUCCAAUCUAAGAAGUACGUCCCGUUGGCGUCAUCGUGUUGAAAAACAGACUUGGGAACCGUUUGGUGUCAUUUCCGAUUAAAAAUCACCGGAAAUCCCGUUUAAACAUGUUCUAACCUGAAAAUAAAACUUAAUUGCGGUGCUAAAAACGUUGUGUUAAGGUGCUAAGCGACGAAAACAAUCAACACAAAAAAAAAAUGGAACAAAACAACAUCGAUCGUGAUAACCCAAUCGAGCGACAAGGAAGUUGUUUGUUGUUAAGAUAUGCGAGUCAAAAUUCUUUGGAUGAAAGCUCCCAAAAGCAUAUUCCGAGGACAAUCGGAAGAGAUAAACCCCCAUAUCGAAAUAAUAAACAUACUCAAAGAGCUUUUGAUGUUAUGGAUCAUAUGAGAAGAGAUUUAUUAUUGUGUGAUGUUACUUUGGUGGUUGAAGAUAUUGAGAUACCCGCUCACAAGAUGAUUUUAGCCUCAUGUUCACCAUAUUUUUAUGCAAUGUUUACAAAUUUUGAGGAAAGCAAGCAAGAUCGAAUUAAUUUACAAGAAAUUGACCCCCAAGCUUUGUUGUUACUGGUAGAUUAUGUUUAUACUUCCGAGGUGCAUGUUACGGAAGAAAAUGUACAGGUACUUUUACCAGCCGCCAAUUUACUACAACUAACCGACGUAAGAGAUGCUUGUUGCGAAUUCCUACAAGCUCAAUUACACCCAACAAAUUGUUUAGGAAUACGAGCUUUCGCAGAUUUACACGGAUGUUUAGAUUUAUUGAACAAUGCAGAAGCCUACAUCGAAUUACAUUUUCCGGAAGUUGUUGAAUGCGAAGAAUUUUUAACCCUCUCCCAUCAACAAGUCUCAAAAUUAAUAUGCAGCGAUCGUUUAACGGUCCCAUCAGAAGAAAAAGUCUUUGAAUGCGUGAUCGCUUGGGUUCAACACGACCUCAAAAAACGUCAGGAGCAUUUAUCCGCCCUCAUGGAACACGUCCGCCUACCACUAAUGUCCCAAGAAUACCUCGUACAACGCGUCGAAGUAGAACCUUUAUUAAAGCUUGAUCUUAAAUGUAAAGAUUUUAUUAUUGAGGCGCUCAAAUAUCAUUUAUUAAAGGGCGACACCACCAAAAUUAGCUUUAAAACUCCCCGAACCAAACCCCGACAACCCGUUGGUUUACCAAAAGUCCUUUUAGUUGUUGGGGGACAAGCACCAAAAGCAAUCCGAAGUGUUGAAUGUUACGAUUUUAAAGAGGAAAGGUGGUAUCAAGUUGCUGAGAUGCCUUCGAGGCGUUGCCGAGCGGGUUUAGCGGUUAUAAAUGGAAAAGUUUAUGCUGUAGGGGGGUUUAAUGGCUCAAUGAGGGUUCAUACUGUUGAUGUUUACGACGCAUCAACCGAUCAAUGGAAUCCUUGUGUUAGUAUGGAAGCUAGAAGGUCUACUUUGGGAGUUGCUGUUUUAAAUGGGUGUAUUUACGCUGUUGGUGGGUUUGAUGGGUCUACCGGGUUGAAUAGUGCUGAAAAAUUUGAUAUUCGAACUCAAGAGUGGAGUUCGAUAGCUGCGAUGUCUACAAGAAGGAGUAGUGUUGGAGUUGGUGUACUUAAUAAUCUUUUAUAUGCGGUUGGAGGUUACGAUGGUACUUCUAGACAAUGUUUAAGUUCCGUAGAGUGUUACAGCCCGGAAACGGAUACAUGGAAAAUCGUUUGUGAUAUGAGUUCUCGUCGUUCAGGUGCAGGAGUUGGAGUGUUAGAUGGUGUUUUAUACGCAGUCGGUGGUCACGAUGGUCCUUUAGUUCGAAAAUCUGUGGAGGCUUAUAACCCGGAAACCGAUUUAUGGUCAUCGGUGACUGAUAUGGCGUUAUGCCGGAGAAAUGCGGGGGUUGUUGCGAUGGCGGGACUUUUAUAUGUCGUUGGUGGCGAUGAUGGAUCAUGUAAUUUAGCUUCUGUUGAAGUUUACAAUCCUAAAGCGGAUACUUGGACGAUGCUUCCGAGUUGUAUGAGUAUUGGUCGAAGUUAUGCCGGAGUCGCAAUAAUCGAUAAACCGAUAUGAAGCUUUCUCAUUGCUGACAACGGCGCGGGGUGUUCAGGAAGAUAUGCGAAUUGCGAUGAUAAUAGUAACGCAGAGGGUAUUGGAACCUCGCAAAAUUACGAGAAUCUUUAUGAACCCGUUAAUAACGACCCCACCGUUGCCAGCAAUGAAGAGAACAUCUACGAAAGUAUCGAUGAAGUGCGCAGAGCGCAACAACAAAAUCAAGAACAAGUCGAAAAUAACGUUACGGAACAAAUUUCAAAUGAUAUUCCAAGUUGUAGUAGUACUUAUGGCCGAAUUGGGAACGCUUACGGUCGGAUAGAUGUGAUCGGGCAUGGUAUUGGAAGAAUUGAGCGACAUUUAUCGUCAUCUUGUGGAAGUGGCAUUGAUAGUCAUUGCGGGACCGUUGAAGGUUUAGGAACUUCCGAUUCAACCGGAAGAAUUAGUAAGGUAUCGGUUCAAUGGUUGUUGGUAAAUAAAUGGUUGCCUUUGUGGAUUGCUAACACAGAAAAUGGCAGGGAUUAUCGAAUCGUUGAUUUUUUAUUGGGACAAAGAGAAGGGAGGAGCGAUGAUGAUGAGGACGGCGAUGAACACGAAGAAAGUAACUCACAAAGGCAACCAUCACCAGAACGACCCCCGUCUGAACAAAAUUAAUUUAUUUUUCUUAUUUGAGUUUAAGAAUUAAGGAUAAAAAGUGGAUUAAGUUAACGUAAAGAGAAUUUGUGAUAAUAUAUUAGAGUAGAACUCAAUGGAGGGUUUAUCUCAUCAUUUAAAAGACUAAGAAUAAGCAAUGUUUAGUUUAGAAACUAAUAAGUUAUUUAAUGUCUAUAAAUAAAUUGAGGUUGUGAAUAAAAA